AUGUCGGCGUCGACGUCGACGUCGGUGAUCCCGCGCGCGAUGACGGUGAUUCGCGGUGUCGUCGGAGGCAGAGGGCGCGGAAUCGGGAUCGAGCGGCGGCGAUGGGGUGACGGGGACUGGACGACGAGACGACGAGGAAGGGCGUCGCGCGCGCGCGAUGGUGGGUGGGAGAAUGAUUCCGAGAUCGUGGAUGCGAUCGUGGUCGUCGCGGGAGGGAUCGAGGCGGACGGGACGUUGCCGCCGUGGGUGACGCCGAGGUUGGAUCGCGCGCGGGAGCGGUUCGAGGCGACGGGCGGACGGGUGAAGAUUUUAGUGUCGGGAUCGAUGACCCCGCAUAAACCGCCGCCGAUGGGACCCGGGGGAUUUAACGUGCAUGAGUCGACGUCCAUGGCGUCGUAUCUCAUGGAGCGAGGGGUGCCGGCGACGGCGGUGCUCAAGGACACGGCUUCGAUGGAUACCAUCGGGAACGCGUACUACUCGCUCUGUUUGCACGCGAUUCCGCUCGGAUGGAAGCGCGUGGAAGUGGUGACGAGUGCGUUUCAUAUGGCGCGCACUAGGGCGGCGUUCGAGUGGGUGUGGGGGCUGACACCGCACGGUGAGGUGGACAUGCGCUUCGUGAGCACGGAGGACGCCGGGAUCUCUGAAACGACGCUGCGCGCGCGCGCCGAACGCGAAGCUGAGUCCGCGGCCGCGCUCAGAGCGAACGCAGCGAAGAUCACCACGUUGGCCGAUUUUAACGAAUGGUUAUUCACCACGCACAAGUGUUACGCCGCGGCGCGUCAGCACGAAAUCGGCGUCUUUGAUGAAGUCAGCUCAGAGGCGAUGAAGUCGUAUUGA